CACUGAAUGAGUGAGAUACAAAUUAGUCUCAAAGCAGAAAUCCAAGUGAUAACUUCCCAAUUGUGCGAAGCGAAAAGUCAUUUUGUGCUAAAACAAAUACUAAGAGAGCAGAAGAAAAGUUGUCAAGUGUGAAAGCAGACAAAAAAACAAAAAAGAGCAAAACAAAAAUUGUUUCGGCAAACAAUACUAAUUUUUCGUGUAGAAAUCAAUAAAUUUGUGUUAAAGAAUCAAUAAAAAUGGCCGAUGCUAACAAGAGGAAUAUCCCCAUCAAAUUGGGCGACUUCAGCAUUCUCGAUACAGAAUUCUCAAGCAUUCGUGAGCGUUUCGAUGCGGAAAUGCGCAAAAUGGAAGAUGAGAUGAACAAGUUCCGGCAUGAGCUGAUGUCGCGCGAGGCAAACUUCUUCGAGUCCAGCAGUUCUACUAAAAAGACAACAACAAAAACCAGCAGCAGCAGCGCACAAAACUCGCUUUCCCGACCAGCUCCCAGACCAAAUAUCGAUUUCGCCACCUCACCCCUGAUUCAGGAUGAUGGCGAUAGCAAAGUGUUGAGGUUGCGUUUCGAUGUAAACCAAUACGCCCCCGAAGAAAUCGUUGUCAAGACUGUGGAUCAGAAAUUGAUGGUGCACGCCAAACACGAAGAGAAAUCGGACACAAAGAGCGUCUACAGGGAGUACAACCGUGAGUUCCUCUUGCCAAAGGGCGUCAAUCCCGAGUCCAUACGCUCGUCGCUCAGCAAGGAUGGCGUCUUGACCGUGGAAGCGCCACUGCCCGCCAUCACCGCCGGCGAAACCAUGAUUCCCAUUGCACAUAAGUAAAUUAAUCCAAUAACAACAGCAACAACAACGAAAUUAUUAGCAACAACUGCCGCCAGCAAGCAAACAAGAACAAUAACAACAACAAAUAGCAGCAAAGCGGAUGCAACAGUUGUCAAUUAGCGGUCCGAAGGUGAAACUUAAAUGCAACAACAACAGCAACAGCAAGAUUGCUGCAACAAAUUAUUCUUUUUGGACAUUAAUUUUAACUACUUAAAAGAAAGAAGAAGAAGAAAAAAACAAUUUUAAUUAAUUACCUUAUGAUUAAUUAUUUUCGCUAAUUUUUUACGUUAUUUUGACUUUGUUUAUUGGAUUCUGCGCAAGUGUGCGGGAAUUCGCAAAAAUUUAUAUUGAAGAUCUUAUAUAAUGUAUUAAAACGGAUGUUGGAAAGGAAAAAAUGAAGUGAAAAACCAAACAUUUUUUUGUAUUUAAAUUGAUAUUAAAUUACACUAUGAAACAAAAUA